CACCACAAAACUAACAGGUAUACAUCACCACUUGCAAAUCUUGUUCCUAGAGAUCGGAUCCACAGCUCACGAUGUCGUCAGUCCGCCAUGUACGAGAGGUCCAAACCCUGUACCGGCAGAUCCUCCGCCUGCACCGCCGCCUCCCCACACACUUCCGAGCCAUCGGGGAUCAGUACACCAAGGACGAGUUUCACAGACACAAGAAAGCCGGCGCAGCCGAGGUCCAAACAUUCAUGAGAGAAUGGAAGAACUAUGCAAAGAUGUUACAGGAACAGCUAGCUAAGGAUGAGGCUGCCCCUGUUGGGGAGAGUCUUCCCCCAGAGAAGAUUGAAAACUUCACAGAUGAGCAGCUAGGACAAUUGUUUGAGCUUCAACAAGAAACCACCAAGCCAAUAUCUGAGGAACUACAAGACCUUAUUGAGGAUGACAAGAAGAGAUAGCAGAUGUCAUUCAUGGCAGUCAAAUGUCACAGUGUGUGUAAACUAGUUUUAAGUUCAAAUUUAGUGUCAAUGUUAAAAGUAUAAUGUACUUAAUGUAUCAAUCAUUCAAUGCUUCUCAUUUACAUAAAUGAAUUGAAAAACAGAGGAAAAGAUAAAUUUGCAAGUUUAUCACACCUUUCAGUCCCCUUUUUCUUACAGCAUGACCUUUGCUUCACCAAGGACUGUGGUAUAGACCUGGUGUCUAAUUUCUGUCCAUCAUGUAAUAUUUAAAAUAGUUAGGAGGGGAGCUAGUGUAUUUAUGUGUUGGUAGGGAUAAGUAAUGCAGAAAGGCCCAAUCCUUGAGUAUGCAGGUAAAUGUUAACAUAGAUGAUAUUGCAAUGAAAGACUGGUACAUGUACUUCUUUCUAGGUAUGAAGAAAGAUACACCCAAAGUACAACCUUCUGAGUGACAGCAGAUCAGCACCAAGGACAGCCACAUGGUUUGCCAUGGUUAAGUUUUGUUAUAUAUUGUAACAUUUAUGUAAGAGCCUUGUCAGAUGAAAUAACAGAUUUGCUUAUUCCAGUUAUUGUUUGUUUAUUACUUACCAUUGGUAUCAUGGAGAAAAAUACUAUUACAAGUUGCCUUCCACACAUUUAACAAUGAAAUAAAUCUGGGAAUAACACUGCCAUUGC